UCAUCAUCGCGCGUCUCCUGCUGUGCAGGAAGACACGAGUUUUUACUUUACGUUUUUAACGUAAUUGUUGUAAAUGUGGACGAUGUGUAUCUGAUAUUUAAGAACAAACUGUCUCAUUUGAGUCCUUGCAGUUUAACGUUGAGAUGUCUCUGUUUGUGGUGAACAGGUAUCUUGGAGAGGAAGAAGAUGACCGGGUCACACAGUCUCAGUCUGAGGCCUUACUGGCCAAAUUGCAGCAGAAGGCAAAGGAGAGGCAGAGGAAGAGUCUGACAGAGCAGAAAGUACAGUGCGAUCAGCAAAUCCAAAAGAGGAAAGCUGCAGAGGACAGCUGUCAAGAGUGCCAGCUCCCCAAAAAGAGAAAAGUGGAGAAAACGCCAACAGUCCCUCUGAAUCAGCCUGAUGCUGAUCGUCCAGAAAGGCUUGUUGAUGGAAAAAUAAAGAAGAAGAAACCAAAGAAACAAUCAGGCACUGCAAUAAAAAGUCCUUCAGACACUGUUGAGGCUGAAAAAGAUGGACAUCAGGAAAAAGAGGAAGAGACAGAAAAUAACACAUCAAAAGGAAACUCGGAGAAGAAUUCUGCUCCCACUGGAUUCACAUUUCUGGGAGGAUUUGACCACAAACCUGUCCAAAAGGUGCACAGAGUCUUGCCUCAGUGGCUCGCUCAGCCUGACACGAUCCACAGAGACAUCAAACAAAACCUGGUCCCAGUCUGCCACAUCAAAGGACUUUCGGAUCACCUUCUGAUGAAACUACAGAAUAAUGGAAUUCAGCACUUCUUUCCAGUGCAAACGGAGGUCAUCCCGGCCAUCCUGGACAGCGCCCGGCAGGGGCUGCUGACUGGACGAGGGGGCUACAGGCCGCGAGACAUCUGUGUGUCUGCACCCACUGGCAGCGGAAAGACGCUCGCAUUCAUCAUACCUGUUGUACAGGUGCUGAUGGAGCGGGUCGUGCGUGAAGUCCGGGCGCUGGUCGUGUUGCCGACCAAAGAACUGGCUGUUCAGGUGUUCAAAGUGUUCAAGUCAUACACGGAGGGAAGCACACUGAGGGUCGUUGUCCUGGCAGGUCAGAGGUCGUUUGCUGCAGAGCGAGCCUCACUGACGGAGCACAGGGGCGGCAUGAGACGCAGUCUCACCGACAUCGUCGUAGCAACCCCGGGUCGGCUGGUCGACCACAUCAAUGAUAACUCUGGUUUUAGUCUGGAACACCUCCGAUUCCUUAUUAUUGACGAGGCCGACAGGAUGAUUGACAGCAUGCACCAGUCUUGGCUCAGUCAGGUGCUGAAGGCAGUCUACAGAUCAGGAGGUGAAACCAAGUCGGUCUUCAGGAGGACUGAGCCGGCUCACAUCACUGCAUCCAGUUUGUCUCCACCUCAGAUGCCUCUGCAGAAGCUCCUGUUCUCUGCCACGCUCACCCAGAACCCGGAGAAGCUGCAGCAGCUUGGGCUUUACCAUCCCCGACUCUUCAGCUCCGCCCACAGCUGCUCCAAGGCCACACCCAGCACAGAGGAACGCUUCAACUUCCCCGAAGCUCUGACGGAGUAUUAUGUGCCGUGUACGCUGAGCAAAAAGCCGCUCCUCGUCCUCCACUUCAUCCUGCACAUGAAGCUCAGCCCAGUUCUCUGUUUCGCCAACUCCAGGGAGACAGCACACAGGCUUUUCCUGCUGAUGCGGCUGUUCGGUGGCGUUCAAGCUGCAGAGUUCUCCUCGCGACUUUCUCCUCCACUGAGGAAGAAGAUGUUGAAGGAAUUCAAAAAAGGAAAAAUCCAGCUGUUGAUCAGCACAGACGCGGCUGCCAGAGGCAUCGACAUCAGCGGCGUGAAGUGUGUGUUGAACUACGACGCACCGCAGUACAUUAGAACCUACAUCCACAGGAUCGGAAGAACCGCUCGGGCUGGGAAAGCUGGACUGGCCUUCACCUUUCUGCUUGGAGUUCAGGAGAAAAACUUCCUUCAGAUGGUGCAUAAAGCAGGAAGUCCUGGGAUCCAAAAACACAUCGUCAAACCCAGGAACCUGCAGAGUAUGGAAGCCCACUAUGAACAAAUGCUGCAGGAACUGUCCCGUGUGAUCAAGAAUGAGAAAUCCAAAUCAUGACAUGGUGUCCUGAAGGUGGUGCUGUUGUUCACCUGUGAGCUCACAGCUGAAGCUGAUGUACUUGAAAGUAUUUUUCCAUCUGUAUGUAAAGUUGUGCAUGUUGUUUAAUAAAGUGAAGACAUCUGUGAU